AUGUGCCAAUACAUCGAGUUCGUCGCCGACCGCCUCCUCGUAGCGCUCGGCGGAACGAAGCACUACAACCAGACCAACCCAUUCCCGUGGAUGGAGCUCAUUUCGCUCCAGGGCCGCAAGAAUUUCUUUGAGCGCCGCGUGGGCGAGUAUGCCAAGUCCGGCGUGCUCACUAAAUCGACCGACAGCAACAGCAGGAACUUCACCACGAGCGAGGAUUUUUGA